CAUUUCGAUCUGUAAAUUGAAUUCUAAUCUGAUGUCUCCAUAGACAGAUUCAUAUAUCGAUCUGUUCCCUCCAAUCGAACGCCUGUGUCCGUUAGAUUGCCAUGGCAUCCACUUCUUCUUCUUCUUCCACAUCUACCGAGUUCGGAACAGCUUUUGAGGGGGUUUCCCAGGCAUAUCCAUCUGCAUCUUCCUCUAAGCCCUGGGAUGUCUUUAUUAACCAUUAUGGAAAAGACGUCAAACAUACCUUUGCCGCCAGCAUUUUUAAUACACUUGAUCGCACCGGACUGCGUGUCUUCCUUGAUAAGCACGGCAUUGAAAACGGUGAUAUAAUUCCCACGGAAAUUGAGGAGGCAAUGCGUAGUGUUUCUGUUCACAUUGCGAUAUUUUCACCCAACUAUGCACGAUCUCCAUGGUGUCUGGCAGAGCUUUCCUUUAUGCUCAAAACUAAAGCCAAAAUCAUUCCGGUCUUCUAUCAUGUUGAUCCUUCUGAUCUGCGCUGGGUGGCUCAAGGAAAAGGAGAAUAUGCUCCCGCAUUUUCUGAUUAUGAAGAGAAAGGUAGAUACACCUCAGUAAAGCUCAAAGAAUGGAAAAUGGCACUGGAAACCAUCUCUAUGCAUUCGGGUUGCGUGGUUACGGAUAAUUUUGACGAGGGGGAGGUGUUAAAGGAAAUUGCAAAUAUAGUACUCAAGACGACGGGGAAAGCGCCACUAGACGUUGCCAAACAUCCUGUCGGACUGGAUUCCAUGGUACAAGAAUUGGAAAGAUAUAUUGUUAUGUCUGCCCAGAGUGAGAGCAAAGUACAGAUUGUGGGGAUCGUGGGAGUGGAGGGAGUGGGUAAAACCACUCUAGCAAAGGAACUAUACAACCAGAAAUGCUCCUCGUUUCGACACACCAGUUUUAUAUUUAAUGUGCGGGAUGCUGCAAGCCAAAGGAUCAUCCACAAGAAGCAGAAAAAGCUUCUGAUGGACAUUGGUUUCAAAAACCAAGACUCGUUUUUUGACAACAUAGAAGAAGGUAAAGUGAUUUUGGGAAGCCGCCUGAAAUCUUCAUCUGUACUCAUCGUCUUGGAUGACGUUAGUCAUGGAGACCAAUUAGAUGCUUUGUUGCCAAAAAGUCCAAGGGAUCUCCUUGGAUCUCCCAGUUUGAUCAUUGUUACAUCCCGUGAGCUGAAAGUCCUUACAAAGUGGGGGAUCCCCUCCAAUGCCAUCUAUGAAAUGAAAGGACUGGAUGAGUCUCAUGCCGAACACCUUCUCUGUCAGCAUGCCUUUUUAGAGCCUCAUCCUAAAGAAGGAUAUGAAGAUCUAGUUCGAGAGUAUUUGAUUGAAUGCAGGGGUUUACCCUUGUCCCUCAAGGAGCAUGGAGAAGAGGUCUACAAAAAGUCCAUGGACGACAUCGAGUGGGAAAGAAAGCUUCCUCCGCUUUACCAUAAAAUCCUUUCCAGGGCUAUCCCACACAAGCGCUACUGGUUUAAGGAAGAUAUCUAUGAUGCGCUUUGCAAUUCAAUUCAGAUAGAAGAGGGGAACCAGAGCAUUUGGCUGGAUCAAUCCACGGGAAAAAUAGGCUUGAACACGUCUGCGCGUUCUUUGACCAUCAAACAUGGUGAUGACGAUAGGUAUUGGCAGUGGGUAUCAACAGAUGAGUCCAGAUUCGGUCAAGUAAAAGAGUUGAUUGAAGUGUGGUUUUUCCACGUGUAUCACCGGUUUGAAUGCACGCUCUUGUCUCCGAAUACAGAGUACACGGUGGCAUUUGUUGUUAAGAUUGAUCAGAGUAGAGUACAUUCUCACCAAUCGCCAUUUGAGUUUUGUCUGCAGACAAUCGAAGGGAAUUUGAUACAAUCGGCUCGAUUUCUGGACGACUUAGAGAGAUCAGUUGAAAGUCAUGGGGAAUUUAGUAUGACCCCUCUGAUAAAUGCAGAGGAUGGAUGGAUGGAGUUUGUUGUGGGCGAGUUCUUUCUGAAAGAAGAUGAUGGCAGCAGGCAGGCAAGAGUGGUUGAUGUGUUUAUGAAAAAUCAGAACUGCAACUUCUCAAAAAGUGGUAUUUUCUUAGAUGGACUUAAGAUCGCACCUAAGACUAUCAACAAGUCUGGAGAACAGGUCUACAAAAAAUCCAUGGACGAGAGCGCAGCCCAUAUGGGGAAUCACUGUCCAACAUCAAAGGUCGUUAAGAUUGCGAAUUCUUAUGCUAGUGCAUCCGACAUCAAGUGGGAGAGUAAACUUCCUCCAAAUUACCAUAAAAUCCUUUCCAGGGCCGUCAUACACAAGGACUACUCGUCAAUUGAAGAAAUCUAUUUGGCCCUUUGCAAUUCAAUCGAGAUAGAAAAGGGAAAGCAGAUCGUUUGGCUGGAUAAAUCGACGGGGACAAUAGGCUUGAAGGCGUCUGCAAGUUCUAUGGGCAUCACACAUGGUAAUGACAUUGAGAAAUGGCGGUGGGUACCAACAGAGGAGUCCAGUUUCGGACAAGUAAAAGAGUUAAUUCAAGAGUGGUAUUCCAAGGUGUAUGCGCGGAUAGAAUGUACGCUCUUGUCUCCAAAUACAGAGUACACCGUGGCACUUCUUCUUAAGAUUGAUAAAACUAGAAUGCACUCUCAGCUGUCGCCAUUUGAGUUUUCUCUCGAAACAAUCGAGGGGAAUUUGAUACAGUCAGCUCGAUUUUUGGAUGACUUGGAGAAACCAGUUGAAAGUCAUGGGGGAUUUAAUAAAACCCCUGUGAAAUAUGCACAAAAUGGAUGGAUGGAGUUUGUCGUGGGCGAAUUCUUUUUGAAAGAAGAUGGUAGCGGUCGGGCAAGAGUGAUUGAUGUGUUAAUGAAAAAUGAGAACAGCAACUUCACAAAAAGUGGUAUUUUCUUAGAUGGAGUUAGAAUCACACCUAAAUAGCUGCGAGUUCAGUAGAUUCUCCUGUUUCUGUAUGGAAGUUAUGUUAAU